AUGCAAUCAACAAAAUGGGAUGACCUCCCGUACGAAAUUCAACCCUGGAUCAAGAAAGCUGUCAUCUCAUUGGGAUUUUCCUGCAUGACCCCUGUUCAAGCAUCGACGAUUCCUUUAUUAUCUCAAAAUAAAGAUGUCGUGGUUCAGGCAGUUACUGGAUCCGGAAAAACUCUUGCAUAUGUGAUACCUGUUCUUGAAAAGAUUUGCUCUGCUUUAAGGGAAGGAUCUUUUAAAAACGCACAUUUCGGUGCUCUUGUCAUGGUACCAACAAGAGAACUAGCAAACCAAGUUGUCCAGGUUUUUGAAUCUUUUUUAGAAUAUCAACCAGAUGAUCUUCCGGAUAUAAAAGCGCAACUUCUCGUUGGCUCAAUACAACCUGUUCAAGAGGAUCUCCAAUAUUUUAUGGAAAACAAUUCAUUCAUUCUAGUGGGAACCCCAGGAAGGGUAAAUGAUUUUCUCUCCAGUCCCCAGGUGAAGACAAAUUCUUGUGAAAUUAUCAUUUUGGAUGAGGCCGAUCGGCUUCUUGAUAUAAGCUUUUUGCAUGCAACUGAAUCUGUACUAAAGAUGCUUCCGAAACAAAGAAGAACGGGCCUUUUUUCUGCAACCCUUUCGGAUGCAGGUACGGAUAUUUUCAAGACUGGAAUGACAAAUCCGGUUAAAAUCACUGUUAAAUCAAAUUCUCUUCAUUUGAAAAAUUCUACAGUUCCGGCAAAAUUAAGUCUCUAUUCCAUGGUUUUAAACCCUAGGCUGAAAUUGAGAGUUCUUCUUAAACUUCUAACUGAGUAUAGCUAUAGGAAGAUUAUUGUAUAUUUUCCAACAUGUGUAAGUGUUUCCUAUUUUUACGGCAUGUUUCAUAACUUUAUUAAACGGAAGGGAUUAAAAUCUAAGGAUAUUGCUAUAUUUUCACUUCAUGGGAGGCUCGAUGCUAAGCCAAGGAUGAAGACUUUGAACAAGUUUGAGAAUUCUAGCUCGGAUAAAAGCAUUUUGUUCACGACAGAUGUAUCUGCGCGUGGAUUGGAUAUUCCAGAGGUAGAUAUAGUUGUUCAGAUAGACCCACCAACAGAUCCAAGCAUGUUUUUACAUAGAUGUGGUCGUUGUGGCCGGGCCAAUAAAUCAGGAAUUGCUAUUACCAUGCUCAGUAUCGGUCGUGAGGAAGAGUACAUCGAUUUUCUCAAAAUCAAGGGAAUCACACUUAAAAGUAUGGAGCCUGUGAUAAUUUCUGAAGAGGAGAACUGUUGGUAUGAUGAAACGCUGAAAGUGUGGUUGCGUGAGGAUCGAUCAAGAUAUGAUCAGGCAAUUCGUUCAUACGUUGGCUAUGUGAGAUAUUACAGUAAACAUUUAGCAUCUUCCAUAUUUAGGGUACGAACUUUGGAUUACAAGGGUGUUGCAAGAAUGUACGGAUUAACACGCCUGCCGAAGAUGCCAGAGAAUAAAUAUGUAAGAGAUUUUCCAGAAGACGGAUAUUUAGAUCAUACAAUUGAUUUCAACACUUACGCUUAUGCAGAUAAAAAAAAAGAGACAGCAAGAAAGCAUGAACUUUUGACACAUGAACGGAAAAGGCAGAGACGAGAGAAAGCUUUGAAAAAGAAAUUGCAAAAGAAUAAAAACUUUUCGUGGAGUGAUAAGAAUUCCGGUAAGGAGACCAGAAUAGAAAGACACGACAAAUUAAAGAGAAGAAGAGAAGCAAUAGAGAGAAAAAUCCAGGAGGAACAAGUACACGGCUCUAGCUCUUCCGGUGAGGAGGAGACAGAUCAGAAUGAUUGGAAAAUUGACAUUCUCGAGACCAAACGGAAAAGGAAGGCGAGGAAAAAUGCUAUGGUACAGGGAAGCUUUGAUGAUUUAUAG